UCAUCUCUUCCUCUCCUUGGCUUCAUCUUUUCCAGCACUCCUUUUUAGGCAUGGCUGAAGCUCAACAACUACAACUCCACUUCAUGGAAGCUGAAGAAGCAAACUCAAGUACCGAAUCUGUCAGCCAAAGAACAGUACUGUUUCGACCAGCUCAGAACUAUAUGAUCAGGUGGCUCCGAAUAGCACUCUACAUAAUCUUUGGCAUCUGUGGCCAAACAGCAGCUACACUGCUUACAAGACUUUACUAUGAGAAAGGUGGAACUAGCAAAUGGGUGGGAACACUUGUUCAAGUUGUAGGCUUCCCUAUUCUCCUUCCUUACUACUACAUUGCUCGGCGCAAAGAUAUCACGCCCAACAGUACUACUACUGCUGUCAAAACAAAACCACCAUCACUUUUAUUACUGGUUUGCGUCUAUGUAUUCCUUGGACUACUUGUGGCAGGAAACGGAUAUCUGUAUUCUGUUGGCUUCGAGUACCUCCCUCUAUCUACAGUGGCCUUGAUUUCAGCAUCCCAGCUCGCCUUCAACGCUUUCUUCUCAUAUUUUCUCAAUUCGCAGAAGUUCACUCCUUUCAUCAUCAAUUCUCUAAUUCUUGUCACCAUUUCCUCCGUUCUCCUGUUAGUCAACAAUAGCUCUGAAAGGCCUUCUGGAGUCUCUAAAGGAAAGUAUGUACUCGGGUUCAUAUGCACCAUCUUGGGAACUGCAACGUAUGGCUUGACGCUUGCUUCCCAACAGCUGGCCUUUCGGAAGGUUCUAAAGAAGCAGUCAUUUAAAGUUGUGAUGGAUCUUAUAAUCUACCAAUCACUUAUUGCAUCCAUUGCUACAUCGAUAGGAUUCUUCGCAUCCGGAGAUUGGAAACUUUUGAAGGGAGAAAUGGAUGGCUUUGCACCGGGGAAAGUUUCCUACGUCAUGACUCUGCUUUGGACUGCUAUUGCUUGGGAGGUUUCCAUUUUUGGUGGUGUAGCAUUGGUGUUUGAGUUGUCUGCUCUCUUUGCCAAUGUCAUAGGUGCAUUGGGAUUGCCAAUUACUCCAAUAGCAGCCAUGAUCGUCUUCCAUGAUAAAAUGAGUGGUGUAAAGGGAAUAGCCAUGGUGUUGGCUAUUUGGGGUUUCGUUUCCUAUGCCUAUCAGCAGUACCUUGACGAUCGUGAGUUGAUUGCCGAAACUAAAACAGCGAGUGAAGUUUCUCAGGCUUGAUUCUCAUUCAGGCUAGCUUCUGUAUUAAGGAAACUAAGGCCAGUGUCCAUCGUCGACUAUAUAUAAUUAUGUUCCUUUUGCUAUGUGUGAAACGGUAUGAAGCUAAUUUGUGAAGCAUAUCAUCAUCUUAUCAUAUUUUUGUUUGCCAUCUUGAAUUCGUGAUUGAGAACUGAGAUGCCUUCCUGCCCUGGGUUUCCCUUUCCAAGCAAUAAAGGAUGCCAUAAUUAUUUUCAAAUUAUUCUCGAUUGGGCAUUGGAAUAAAGUGAUUGUCUUCGUAGGAGAAUAGUUGACUAGUUGUCCAACAUGGGCGGCUUUAUUAUGUGUGUAAUUUAUAUAUAUAUAUAUGUGUGUGUGUGUUGUUUUUAAUUUCUAUAUUGUGUAAUUAUUGUAUAUGUAUAUAAUUUCUGUUUGAUAUAUCUUUUCUAGCAGCAUCAGGAAGUAAAAAAAGUGAAGUAGACAUAAUCUUAAUCAACCAAAUCUUUUUGAAAACUUAGUGGAGAUUUUCUGUGCAUCAUUGAAUCAAUAACUAAUUUAAUCAGUACAACAAAACAAAGACAGCAUUUUAUAAUAAAUUAAAAUAAUGUAAUUUGUUAAUAUAAAGAGAGAGAGAGAGAGAGAGAGGGAGAGAGAAAAGUAGGGCAAUGAUAUGUUGGAAAAAAAGCACAACAUUCAAUCUCACCAACUAAAAAGGUCAAUUGGAUAUGGUAUAACUUCAUUAAAAUUGUUUGAAACUAGACUGGGUGUUAAAAAUUUAUAUGCUUAGCAAGUAGUAUUAAUUGAAUAUAACCCACAA